ACUAAGAUACUCAGUUCCAAGUUUGGAGCUUUUAGCUGCCAGCCCUGGCCCAUCAUGUAGCUGCAGCACAGCCUUCCCUAACGUUGCAACUGGGGGAAAAAUCACUUUCCAGUCUGUUUUGCAAGGUGUGCAUUUCCACCUUGAUUCUCUGAAAGUCCAUCUGCUGCAUCGGUCAAGAGAAACUCCACUUGCAUGAAGAUUGCACGCCUGCAGCUUGCAUCUUUGUUGCAAAACUAGCUACAGAAGAGAAGCAAGGCAAAGUCUUUUGUGCUCCCCUCCCCCAUCAAAGGAAAGGGGAAAAUGUCUCAGUCGAAAGGCAAGAAGAGAAACCCUGGCCUUAAAAUUCCAAAAGAAGCAUUUGAACAACCUCAGACCAGUUCCACGCCACCUCGAGAUUUAGACUCUAAGGCUUGCAUUUCUAUUGGAAAUCAGAACUUUGAGGUGAAGGCUGAUGACCUGGAGUCUAUAGUGGAACUGGGGCGAGGUGCGUACGGGGUGGUGGAGAAGAUGCGGCACGUGCCCAGCGAGCAGAUCAUGGCGGUGAAGCGGAUCCGGGCCACGGUAAACAGCCAGGAGCAGAAAAGGCUACUGAUGGACCUGGACGUUUCCAUGAGGACGGUGGACUGUCCAUUCACCGUCACCUUUUACGGAGCCCUCUUCCGGGAGGGUGAUGUGUGGAUCUGCAUGGAGCUCAUGGACACGUCGCUAGAUAAGUUCUACAAACAAGUGAUCGAUAAAGGCCAAACAAUUCCAGAGGACAUCUUAGGCAAGAUAGCGGUUUCUAUUGUAAAAGCUUUAGAACAUUUACACAGUAAACUCUCUGUCAUUCAUCGAGACGUCAAGCCCUCUAACGUGCUGAUUAAUGCCCUGGGCCAAGUGAAGAUGUGUGACUUCGGAAUCAGCGGCUACCUGGUGGACUCUGUUGCUAAAACAAUUGACGCCGGUUGCAAGCCAUACAUGGCCCCUGAAAGAAUAAACCCAGAGCUCAACCAGAAGGGAUACAGCGUGAAGUCUGACAUUUGGAGUCUGGGCAUCACCAUGAUUGAACUGGCCAUCCUCCGGUUUCCCUACGAUUCCUGGGGGACCCCAUUUCAGCAGCUCAAACAGGUGGUAGAGGAGCCGUCGCCACAGCUGCCCGCAGACAAGUUCUCCUCACAGUUUGUUGACUUUACCUCACAGUGCUUGAAGAAGAAUUCCAAAGAGCGGCCUACAUAUCCAGAGCUUAUGCAACAUCAAUUUUUCACCCUACAUGAAUCCAAAGCAACAGAUGUGGCAUCUUUUGUGAAAUUGAUUCUUGGAGACUAGAGAGCAUUGGACUUAAAUUGGUUGACCCUACUGUGGAUUGGUGGGUUUAUGGGAUGAAGCAAGUUCACUACAGCGCCAAGAGAAAGUCAUCUUUGAGAUAAUUUUGCCCUGCCUCUCUGAGGGUUUUCUCUCUCUCUUUUCUCUUCUUUUUCCCCCUCCUAAGGGGGCCUUGGAAUCUAUAGUAUAGAAUGAACUCUCUAGAUGGAUGAAAUAUGAUAAAGGCUUAGGACUUAAAAAGGUGAUUAAAUAUUUAAUGAUGUGUCAUAUGAGUCCUUAAGCUUCUCAGAUUUCUCUUGUUCUUUAUGGAAUGAAUGCAUUGGCCCUGGCAAAAAGGUGCUACAGUAGUGAUGAAACUGUAAGUAGAUUUGUAGUUUGUCCCAUUUAUUAUUUUAAUAUUUAUGUUUAAGCGCUUGGUUGGAAAGAUCCCACUUUACACAAGAAGACAAGGUUGGGUUGGCAAUAUUUAUAGGGCUUUUAUUUUUUAAGUUCGAUCAUGUCUAUGGUCCAGAAGAAAUUAUUUAAUAUGMAUCUUUAAGAAUAUUAUAAAAAUCUCAAAAA